AUGAAAUUCACACAACAAUUAUUAUUUCAUGAAUCAGCUAUAUCACAACUUACAAGACCAUGGAAGAAAUAUCGUGAUGGUUCAUUAUUUUAUGGUGUCUCAAAGCAGGGUACUAAAAGACUACCCUUAACUACAAAACAAGGGAACAAGAAUAUGUAUAAAGGUACAAGAUCAUCAGGUAUUGGUAAGCAUACCAAAUAUGGUGAGUAUGUUAUUAAUUGGAGCAAGGUACGCACAUUCACAGUACCAAAAAUAAUGAACACUUCUCUGAAACCUUUGGUAAGCUCCGAUGUUCCUGAACUAAAACAUCAAUUCAAGAAUUAUCCAAAAGGUCCAAUAGAUAUUAACCUAUACUUUGAUAAGUUGAGAGAAUAUGUCAGAGAUGGUGAAGUUCCAAGUCCAGCUAGUGAUAUUAAAUGUAGGAUAGAAAGAGGUUGA